CUAUUGAGAUUAUACAUGUGUGUAAUACAUUGAAACAACACGGUGUGUAGAACAUUUGUUUUGGAUAUACAGUGCGGUUCUUUCCCGCCACCGGAUUUACUGUUGUGCUCUGUAGAUGAGAGUGAAUUCUCUAAUGUGUUAAUUUCUGGAUUUACUGAGUGUCGUCUGCUAGACCUCUUGGCACAGCGAAACGGAUCCGUUCGCUGAGGGCCGAAUCGUUGGUGGGAGCGAAAACGAACAUGGCGACAGUUCGUUUGCCCGAUGCGUGUCAAACGGAUUCUUUGACGGAUACACCAUCAACCCCUAAAACGCCAACACACACGUCGGGUAAUUCUUCUCCAGGUUCGACAAACUCGUCCCCGAUUUCAACCAAAUCGUCGUCGCUGGGGUCAGUGGGGCCCAAAUAUAAGUUGGUUACGGAUGGCGACAUCCAAGUGUGUAGACUGAACCACACUCGCACGAUUGUUAGUAAAAUAAUGAACUCCAAAUACCUACGUAGGUGGGAGAGCCAUCACGUCUUGUUAGACCACAGCGAGAUUCGGUCAUUAACGCCAUAUGGUUUCAUGGAGAUGUCAGUGCCAUAUUCCAGCAUAGAAGAUGUACAUAUCAUUUCACGGUGGGAUGCAGGGCAGAAGUUCUGUAUACGGAUUACUAUUCAAGACGGCUCUCUUCUGUUACAGGCAAAUAAUGGAUACCUACGAGAUCAGUGGUUGUUUGCUAUACAGUGGAAGAAACAUAUGUACAAAUAUGAAAAACUUUUAAAAAGUGCAAGAAGACCAGAGGUUUUAGUGAAAGAGAUCAAGCAGUCCUGUUGAUAUGAUUGAUGAAAUCUCCAGUAAAGGAUCUUCUCGGGAGUGGCUGUUCUUGUAUAGACGAGGCACUAGAUAGAGAUUCAUGGAGUCAACCACAAUUUUGACAAAUGCCC